GUAGUUGUCACCCCUCAACUUUUGGAAAGAUGGACAAGUGUGAAACACAAAACUAGAAGAGCUCCGCAUUGGUCCACAAGUAAAGCGUCCUGCCUAACCGUCCCACACUCGCUACGUGUUUGUACGGACUGCAUAAUUUCAACUUUGCAGUUACAGACUUACGGACUGCAUAAUGACUUCAUUGUGCGGCGCGUUCGCAUCCACGCUCCUCACCACCACCAUCCCACACCAAUCCAGACUCUUCAGCCGGAGUAAACAACAACCGCUGCAACGCCUCAUCAGAGGAGGAGCUAUAAGAGCCAACAGUAAUCUGGCUGUUACUACUGCAGAUGACCAGCAGUUGAAGAAAGGUAUAGCAGAAUUCUACGACGAAUCGUCCGGAAUAUGGGAGAAUAUAUGGGGAGAACACAUGCACCAUGGCUUCUACGACCCCGACGCCGUCGUGCAAAUCUCCGACCACCGCUCUGCUCAGAUCCGUAUGAUUGAUCAGGCGCUCGCUUUUGCCUCUGUUUCUGAGGAGGCGUCAAAGAAACCUAGAAGCAUAGUUGAUGUUGGGUGUGGAAUCGGGGGUAGCGCAAGGUACCUAUCGAGAAAAUACGGGGCGGAAUGUUGUGGCAUCACUCUUAGCCCUGUACAAGCCGCAAGGGCUCAGGCGCUUGCUGCUGCUCAAGGGCUGGCCAACAAGGUCUCAUUUCAAGUUGCAGAUGCUUUGAACCAGCCAUUUCCUGAUGGGAAGUUUGACCUCGUUUGGUCAAUGGAGAGUGGAGAGCACAUGCCUGACAAACUAAAGUUUGUUAGCGAGUUGGCUCGAGUGGCUGCCCCUGGAGCCACAAUAAUCAUAGUCACAUGGUGCCACAGGGACCUUUCCACUACUGAAAAAUCCCUGCGCCCAGAGGAAAAAAGACUUUUAGACAAGAUUUGUGAUGGGUUUUAUCUGCCUGCUUGGUGCUCCACUGCGGAUUAUAUAAAGUUACUGGAAUCCCUUUCUCUUAAAGAUAUCAAGUCUGCUGAUUGGUCGGACAAUGUUGCCCCAUUUUGGCCAGCUGUGAUACGGUCUGCGUUGACCUGGGAUGGCCUAACUUCAUUGCUACAGAGUGGAUGGAAGACUAUUAGAGGGGCAUUGGUAAUGCCAUUGAUGAUUGAAGGAUUCCAGAAGGGUGUGAUCAAAUUCUCGAUCAUUACAUGUAGAAAGCCGGAAUAAGUGGUUCCGCUAUGUAAAAUUGGUGAAUGUAUACUCGACUACUCGUAGAUAAUGUACUGCUUCUGCCACAUUGGUAGUUUUAAAUACACAGAAAAUACAAAGAAAAUUCCACAUUUGAAUUUA